GCGUAUCUAAUAAUGUCGCGUAAUAAAAAUAUUUGGCGUUCAUUGGUCCUUCAAUUAUUUUGCGCGAAAGUUUGUUAUACCGUUUACAAAGCGUGUAGUUUUAGAGGGAAAGGUCGAAGUGUGUUUCGAAGCAACAAAAUGCCUGAAACUUUAAACGAAGUGUCUAAUUUAGACCAGAAAGAAAAUUAUAUAGAAAAUAAAACACUUGAAAGACACGAAGAAUAUCAAUAUUUGGACCAAAUACAGUACAUUCUUAAUAAAGGUGCAAAGAAAGAUGAUCGCACAGGAACUGGUACAUUAUCAAUAUUUGGAAUGCAAUCAAGAUAUAGUUUAAGAAAUGACACCAUUCCUCUUUUGACAACUAAACGGGUAUUUUGGAGAGGAGUAGUUGAAGAACUUCUAUGGUUUAUACGUGGCAGUACCAAUGCAAAUGAAUUAACUAAAGCUGGUGUGCACAUUUGGGAUGCAAAUGGAAGACGAGAAUAUUUAGACUCACUAGGACUGACAGAAAGAGAAGAAGGAGAUUUAGGGCCAGUUUAUGGUUUUCAAUGGAGACAUUAUGGAGCAAAAUAUGAAACAAUGCAUACAGAUUAUUCUGGACAAGGAAUUGAUCAGUUAAAAGAUGUGAUAGAUAAAAUUAAAAAUAAUCCUAAUGACAGAAGGAUAAUUAUGAGUGCAUGGAAUCCAACAGAUCUGGAACAAAUGGCCUUGCCACCUUGCCAUUGUCUUGUACAGUUUUAUGUAGCCAACAAUGAAUUGUCUUGUCAACUUUAUCAAAGAUCAGCAGAUAUAGGAUUAGGUGUUCCUUUCAAUAUUGCAAGCUAUUCACUCUUGACUCACAUGAUUGCGAUGGUCUGCAAUUUGAAACCAGGAGAAUUUAUUCAUACACUUGGAGAUGCUCACAUCUAUUUAAAUCACAUAGAUGCUUUGAAACAACAGAUUAAGAGAGAACCCAAACCAUUUCCAAAACUGAUGAUCAAAAGGCAAGUUAAAUCCAUUGAAGAAUUUUGCUUUAAAGAUUUUGAAUUGAUUGGCUAUAAGCCUUAUCCAAAAAUUAAAAUGGAAAUGUCUGUGUAAAUGUUUAAUUCAUUUAAAUCAUUUAAAAAUUCAAUUUAAAAAGAAUAUUCUUGCAGGAUAAAUUUGUAAGAAUGUUCUGUUAUAUGCUGUUUUACUUUAAAUUAUUAUCUAUUCAAUAACAAUUUGUUUUUAAAAUACUUGGUACAGUGAAACCUGCUAAUGUGACCACUGAAGGGACCAGCUCAAAGUGGUCAUCAUCUUACACAGGUAUGAGUUUGUUCCUAUGUCAUUGCACCUUAUGCAGGUGGUCACAUUAGCAAGUUUCAAUGUAUAUAUAUAUAUAUAUGUUAUGGACAAAGUGAUUAAUACGGGCAUUAUGAAUAAUGACCAACAAAAUCAGGCAUUGU